UGUUGGUGUUUCAUCAUUACUAGGCUAGUUGCUGGAGGUGGGGUGGGGAUGACCAGAUCCAAUGCGUCGGUUUUGAAAGAAGAGACACACACACACACACACACACGUAGCUACAUCUGGAUGGUGACAACAUGAGCUGCGACUUGGUGUGACAAUGCAUAACUCUCCUCUUUUCCAGUACCUGCACGAUCUAGGGCACACAGACUUCGAGGCAUGUCCGACAGCAUCACAGGAGGAGGAAUAUGGCGGUCAAGAGGGAGACCUGCACUCUCCUGACGAAGAUCCACAGAAAACCUCAGGAGGACGGUUAUGGAGACUGGCUGAGGCCCUGUGGAAAUGGAGCCCUUUUCACCAGGCGGCUGCAUCUCAUAAGCUGGAGCAGCAACUGGACUGCGUGUUCGGCCAGUACUCGGUGAGGUGCAUUCUGGACCAGGACGUGCUGCUGCAGGAGGAUGUGGAGCUGAUUGAGUUGUUAGACCCGAGCCUUCUCACCCUCGCCUCCUCGGCCUCGGGCUCACCCAGCCGAGCGAGCUCCCUGCCCAGGCCUAGCCUCAUCGCCACGCCCUCCCUAUGGGACAUGGCGGGGCUGGUUGGCCUGGCUGCAGUGCUGCUGGGCCUAUGCUCCAUAUCUGAGAGCCUCUGGUCUCUGGCGGCAGCCCCGUGGGGCCUGGCCCUGCUAGGUUGCAUGGGGUUGAGGGGGAUCACGCUUUGGAGAUGGGGCCACAUGCAGAGGACCGUCCACUCCAGGGCCUCACAGCUCCAGACUCUGGUCCACAACAGCAAGACCUUGACUGGCCUGUCUCGCAAAGCCCUGCGCCUGGUGCAGGAGACCGAGGUUAUCUCCAGAGGGUUCACCCUUUUGCUCGACAGGGUGAGUGCGGCCAGCUCCUUUAGCAGGGCGGGGCCGGGGGCGGUGCCACGGGGCCAGCAGCUGAUCGGACUGAGGAAGGCCCUGUACCGGGCGCUCCGCUCGGCCUUCAGAGCCUCACGGAGAGCCACCUGUCACAUGCUCAAGGCGUUUCCUCUGAACUCUGAAAUCGAUAAUGUGACCAACUACGUGUCCGCGGUGCCUCUGAAGGAGCUGGGUCUCGGCCUGGGGAUCGAGCACCUGGGUGAUGAGCAGGCCCAGGAGCUGACAGACGACUACAGCUUGCCUGCGCUGAAGAUGCUGUUCCAGCUGUGGGUGGGACAAAGCUCUGAAUGUUUCCGUCGCCUGGCUCUUCUACUGUCACCACGCCGGAUAGAGGAGCCAGAAGAGGGUGGACUCAAAGGAGAAAGCUCCCCUCCUCCUCCGCCUCCGCUGCACCGGUCCAUCGCCGCAGUGACCGAGCCCCUCCAUCACGCUCUGGCCAGCUGUCUCGGCGAAGUGCAGCGCAGCUACGACUUCCACCGACACUUUGAAACCCAGCCGAGAACGACGGGCUCCGACAGGACCGGACGAGCCAGGGAGAAGUGCAGAGAGCUCAACACCCUGCACACGUCCAUCCGAAGCCUGCAGCUGCACCUGAAGGCCCUGCUCAGCGAGAUGAUCAUCCUGGAGGACGACCUGGAGAAACUGAUGGUGUCCAAGGAACUGCCCGAGCUGACAUGCGAGGGCUACCAGGACCUCAGUGACCGGCUGCACCAGCUGCAGCCGCACAUGCAGGCCAGCACGGGCUGCUGGGAGGACACCAUCAGCCAGGUGGACCGCAUGCUGAGACGGGCCAACGCCUGUCCAGGCAAUGCCGAGGGCCUGGAGCAGUGUGGUACUCCUGUGUCCGAGAUUCCUGAUCCUCCUCCAUCAUACCCCUUAAUCCUGGACAAAGACCCUGUUCCAGAGGAGCUGGAGUGGGAGGCGUAUGUGUCCGACUCAGACUCUGACGGUGAAGGCAGAGGGUCUUGGUCUGACAUAUUGUCGCCGGAGGAACGGGAACGUCAGCGCCGGGAGAGGGAGGAGUCUCGUCGCGUCCUGUCAGAGCUGAAAGCUGUUCUGGGCUUCCGUGCAUCAGAGGGGGAGAGGAUGAAGAGGAAGCAGCUGCUCUUCAGUGACCAAGCUGCUGUGACGCCGUCAGCUCGCAGUGACAGUUCAGAUCCUGCCACCAAACCAUCAGACGCUGCAACUUCUGUAGGCUUGGUAGAAACUGGCGAUGAGGAGGGAAACCACCUAUCGGAGCACUCCGCAGGAAACGAAGGGGAGGAAGAGGAAGGAAAAGAUGGCAGCGUGAGUCCUGACCCCUCCGCAGAGCCGGUGAUGGAGUUCAGCUGUGGUUUGGAGGUGGAGGACGGGGAGUUGGGAGGGGGUUCGGUUUGCACUAGAGGAGGAGGAGGGGCGUCCGAGCUGCACCAGUACGACGGUGUCCUGGAGGAGGGGGAGUCCCAGAACGGUCUGGACUGCUUCCUGAAGCCUAAAGUCCCUGCCGUCUCUGUGAUGGACAGACUGACGGAGAUUCACGGCUCGGAGGCUCUCAGCUUCAGCUCCGCCCUCGCCGCUCAGGUGGCGGCACGCUCGCACUCGCUCAUCAACAUGGAGGAGCAGACGUUCGGAGACGAGGAGGAGGAGGAUGAAGAGGAGGAGAGCAACAGACAAAUCGCUGAGAAGGACUAAAAUUAAACCCCACUGCUUUAACCGAGCACUGAGCAGAGACCGUAUUUAUGUCUGAUUGUCUGGGUGUCUUUUAUCGACGGGUCUGUGUUACAUCUUAACUGUUUCUGGUGUGGAGAUAUUUCAGAUUCACUCUCUAUUACCCAUCCGUCCAUGUUACUGUGCAUUACCCACAAUUCUUACUGCUCUUUUGCUGUCAAAACUCAGGUAUCAGAACCACUAAAACAAAACUCGACCUUACAGUGUUGAGGUCAGAAGACCAGAAUGUUUACUUGGUGACGUCCACAUCGUGUAAAGUGUGUGAUUGUAAGAAACAAGUGAUUGGCUUCAUACAUAAAAAUGUGUAAUAAGAUUGUUUGAGAAGGAAACGGUUUUAAUCUCAGCUUUCUCAUGUGUCACUGAAAUCAGAAAAGUCCAAACUGAGUUACUGUUCGGAUGUUUUGUGCUGAGGUGGAAAGGCUGAGAGCAAUAUUCUGAGAUAGCAGUGGUAAUCGUCUAAAGGUGUGUUCAGACAGAAAGCAAACAGAGACGCGAUUAGAUGCGAAUUCACCCGAGUGACACCAAGACGUGUCUGCGCACGUUCAAAACAUUUCAUCGACAGCGAAAAAUCCAGGCUGAUCCCAGGAAUCUGCGAAUCCACUUCAUAAGAGAGACGAGAGGGAAAUACCAGGAAGGACCGGGGGUUGUGUUGAGUCCUGGCGCACUCACACACAAGGACGUAAGUUCUACUUUUCAAAAUCAAAUAAUAAUUCCAAUUUUUUCUCAAACAUUUUUAUGUAAUAUAACGAUUUAUUUCACUUCAGUGUUGCAGCUGGUAAAGGUGGGUAUGAUUUUAAUUAAUGUAUAUACUGUUUGGUAGAUUGUGCCCCCCAGGGAUCAAUAAAAUCAGAUUUUAUCUAAACUUAAUAAUAAUUUACUUAUUGGUUAUAUUUUGAAUUUAUUAAUCUGAAACUGCAAAGUAACUGAAAUGAUCAAUGCACCACUGUAGUUUGACCUGUGGAUGUUUUUUUGCUUUGCUUUCUGUCUGAACACCCCUUACAGCAGAAGGUUGAACUCAGCCGACCUUAAUUCUUACAGGCAGACACACACACACACAAUCACACACACACACAAAGGGCAGGAAGUGGAGGUGGAAUGCUAUUUUUACUGUCAGCGUUUUAUUUCUGUCCCCUUUUCUGUGAUCUGUCUCUGAUCAGACACAGUGGGGGUGACAGUAAAGUGGACACACAGCCGAACACACUCUCUCAAUUCUAUGUGCAGUGACAUAUUUGGAAUACGACACUAUUGUACCUAAGAACAAUUCAUGAUGACUGAAACAAUCCCACUUUCUCAGCGUCUGUGUUUACAGGGCCACGCUCAGCGGAAAGGUCAGGAAGCCUUGUUUUUCUACACCGAAUCGUGUGGCAUGAAUUUAAUGAACUGUGCUGCUGCUGUGAGGUUUAAAAUCAAAUACCUGCCUGUGCGGGUAUGGUAAUAAAAGACGAGGCUGGUUUUCUCUCAUGUGAGGGCAAUCUGUAUCUUUACGUUUCACACUAAGUUGCCGUAAGAGUCCGACAGCCCUGAUGUAUGCCUCCACAUUCCCAGUCUUUCUUGCCUCCGUGUCUGCCUUGUCCUGACCCCCUCCUGUCCCCCUCCCCCGGGGUGGGGCCCUACCCCUUCUGCAUUUUCCAACGUGAAAUAAAAUACCAUU